AUGGCACCCUCAGCUAUAGAUCCUGCCCCACUUCAUAGUGACCGAGAUGGACAGGCUCUAGAGGAUCUGUCGGACAACAUCGAUACCGUCAACCUUCUCAAGGCACAGCUAAAGAAGGAGAGACACAUGCUCGAAAAGUCACAAUUCGACGCCGACAAAGACAAGACCCAGUUCCGCCAAUAUGAAGAUGCCUGUGAUCGGGUGAAGGAUUUCUACCGGGAGCAGCAUGAGAAACAGACCGUGGCCUAUAACCUAAAGGCUCGAAACGAUUUCAAAAGCAAGACGCGAGCAGAGAUGUCUAUCUGGCAAGCUAUAGAGAAGCUCAAUACCCUCAUCGAUGAGUCGGAUCCGGACACAUCGCUCUCUCAGAUUGAACACCUCCUCCAAUCCGCCGAGGCUAUUCGCAGGGAUGGGAAGCCCCGGUGGAUGCAGCUGACGGGUCUUAUCCACGAUCUUGGUAAGCUGCUCUUCUUCUACGGCGCAGAGGGACAGUGGGAUGUUGUCGGCGAUACCUUCCCUGUUGGAUGUGCGUUCGACGAACGCAUUAUCUACCCUGAUACCUUUAAGGCCAACCCCGACCACGACCAUCCUAUAUACGGCACCAAGAACGGUAUCUACACCCCAGGAUGCGGACUAGACAACGUCAUGCUCUCUUGGGGCCAUGAUGAGUAUCUAUACCAUAUUGUCAAGGACCAAUCGACAUUGCCUGCCGAAGCCCUAGCGAUGAUCAGAUACCAUUCGUUUUACCCCUGGCAUUCUGCCGGUGCCUACAUGGAGUUCAUGAAUGAGCACGAUCAAAAGAUGCUAGAGGCUGUGAGAGCUUUCAAUCCUUACGACCUGUACAGCAAGAGUGAUGAUGUGCCGAGCGUGGAGACUUUGAAGCCGUACUACCUUGAACUGAUCGACGAGUUUUUCCCAAACAAGAUUAUCAGGUGGUAG